AUGAAGAGUUGCAGGAGCAUGCUGGGGCUCUGGGGGCCACGUCUCCCCCCUGCGGGAGUCCUGUUCUUGUUGCCGCUCCUGCCACUGCUACUACUGCCAGCGACCCCAGCGCCCCACCGCGCCACCUACAAGCCGGUCAUCGUGGUGCACGGGCUCUUUGACAGCUCUUACAGCUUCCGCCACCUGCUGGACUACAUCAACCAGACACACCCCGGGACUGUGGUGACAGUGCUUGAUCUCUUCGAUGGGAGAGAGAGCUUGCGUCCCCUGUGGGAACAGGUACAAGGAUUCCGAGAAGCUGUGGCCCCCAUAAUGGCGAAGGCCCCUGAAGGAGUACAUCUCAUCUGCUACUCUCAGGGAGGUCUUGUGUGCCGGGCACUGCUCUCUGUCAUGGAUGAUCACAAUGUGGAUUCUUUCAUUUCCCUCUCCUCUCCACAGAUGGGACAGUAUGGAGAUACAGACUAUUUGAAGUGGCUAUUUCCUACCUCCAUGAGGUCGAACCUUUAUCGGAUCUGCUAUAGCCCCUGGGGCCAGGAAUUCUCUAUUUGCAACUAUUGGCACGAUCCUCACCAUGAUGACUUGUACCUCAAUGCCAGCAGCUUCCUGGCACUGAUCAAUGGAGAAAGAGACCAUCCCAAUGCCACUGCAUGGCGGAAGAACUUUCUCCGUGUGGGACAUCUGGUGCUGAUUGGGGGUCCUGAUGAUGGUGUUAUUACCCCUUGGCAGUCCAGCUUCUUUGGUUUCUAUGAUGCAAAUGAAACAGUCUUGGAGAUGGAGGAACAACUGGUUUAUCUCCGAGAUUCUUUUGGGCUGAAGACUCUCUUGGCCCGGGGGGCCAUAGUGAGAUGUCCCAUGGCUGGGAUCUCUCAUACCACCUGGCAUUCUAACCGUACCCUUUAUGAAGCCUGCAUUGAACCAUGGCUCUCUUGAAGAAGUCUGCAGGGGUCCCCCAGGAGCACCCCCAGAGCCCAGAGACCCAGCGGCGGCCUUGGAAAGCAGACGUCAGGUUUUGGCGUGCCUGUGACCACCUCAUUGCUUCCA